AUGUCGUCGUUGUCGAGCAUGUUUGGGUGUGGAGUGGUGAUGGCGCCACCACAAGCACUGGGAAUUGGAAAGAGAAGUGACGGAGGAUUGACGAUAGUGUGUUCGUCUCGGCCGCAGAAGAAAGCGACUGCGCAUCACAUGAAGACUCGGCCACGGAAGACGCAGCCAUGGGAUAUAAACCGCAAGCCAACUGUGUACGAUCCUAUGCCUCCUCUUCCUCCGGAUUGGACUCUCGUUAUUCCUGCUGACGCUUCUUCUGCUUCCGCUGCUCCUCCGCCUCCCUCUGCCUAG